AUGAUGACCAAUGCUCCCGCCCAAGCGCCUGCCGCUGCGCCCCGAGCGGAGCCGCCUGGGCAGGCCGUUUCUUAUCCCGACGCAUCCAACGUCAACAGGCGACCUCCCUACAUCAAACAGGGUGUGCAUGAGAUCCCUACUAAGUACGAUGCAAGGGUGAUUGACGUGUGCGGUGAGUUUGUCUGCAGCGUUGGCCAGUUGACGAGGGCCUGGAGCCUCCAAGACGGGGAGCAAGUGAUGAGCCUAGCUCACGGCGAAGGGACCAAGGCCACAGCAGCUAUAUUCAAGCCAGGGACGCACGUGGAUGAGGAAGGAGCCCGACUAUGGAUCGGCAACAACGUAGGAGAACUAAUGGAGGUGGAUGUCCUGACGCAGAGCAUCAUUGCCAUCAAGCCGAACGCUCACGGACGCUGCGAGGUCAUCAAGAUGUACAGGCAUUUCAAUGAGAUAUGGACGCUCGAUGAAGCGGGCGCCCUACACAUUUGGGGACCCACGGAAAACGGUGUGCCGAGUCUAAGCAGCAGCCCCAGCCAGAUAUAUAGGGUUCCCAAGGGCCACACGUUUUCUAUGGUCGUCGGAGGCCAACUAUGGCACGCGACGGGCAAAGAGAUCCGGGUGUUUGCUCCCUCGCUCAAUGGAAAGACCCAGUUCCAGGUUCUGAUUAGAGCGCUUGUACAAGAUACCGCUGGAGAGGUCACGGCCGGCACGAUGAUGAAGUCCGACACAGACAAGGUUUUCUUUGGGCACUCAGACGGUCGCGUCAGCGUCUACUCCAGAGCCGACUACUCGUGUGUCAAGGUGAUGAAUGUGAGCUCAUACAAGAUCAACUCGAUGGCCGACGACCCCUGGGUAGUCAAGAAGGAGUGGCACGCGCACGACAACCCCGUCAUCAAAAUUACGGCAGACCCAGCAAGCGCGUAUCGCCUUGACCGUACGCAGGUGGUCUCAUUUGGUGCCGACAACAUGAUACGGGCCUGGGACGGCCUGCUCCAGGAGGACUGGCUCGAGGAGCAGAUGAAGUCGCGCGAUGCCACCUACUGCCAGUUCAACGACCUCAACGUCAUGCUGAUGACGUGGAACGCAGGAGCCUCGACUCCCCACAGCCUGCGGUACUCAGACACGGACUCGGCAUUUGUCCAGAACCUGCUACAGCAGGCCGACAGGCCCGAUAUAUUGAUAUUUGGAUUCCAAGAGUUGGUGGAUCUUGAGGAUAAGACGGCCACUGCUAAGCGCUUCCUAAAACCGAAGAAGAAGGACAAGAAGGAGGGCUCGGUGCAGGAGCGCAUGAGCCACCAGUAUCGGGACUGGCGGGAUUUUCUGCUCAAAAGCCUGGACGAUCACAUGGAGGAUCUGUAUCACCUCCUACAAACGGCACACAUGGUCGGUUUGUUUACUUGCGUCUUUGUCAAGUCGACAGUCAGAGACAGGAUCAGCAAUCUCAAAAACGUUGAGGUGAAGCGGGGCAUGGGCGGCCUCCACGGAAACAAGGGUGCGAUAGUUAUCCGUUUUAUGGUGGAUGACACAUCGCUCUGCUUUGUCAACUGCCAUCUAGCGGCGGGUCAGUCACAAGCAAACGCACGGCAUACAGACGUGGCAGCCAUCCUCGACGCGGCAUUACUACCAUCAGAGAGGGACCCAACGGUGCGCAUGGACAGCUACGCGGGUGGUGGGGACGGCACAAUGAUUCUGGAUCACGAGCUAUGUCUACUCAGCGGGGACCUCAACUACCGUAUCGACACAAUGUCGCGCGACACGGUAGUUAUUGCCGUCAAGUCGGGCAACUUGGCCAAGCUCCUAGAGCGGGACCAGCUCCUAGUCGCACGGCGACGCAACCCAGCGUUCCGGCUACGAGCGUUUGAAGAGAUGCCCAUCACGUUUGCGCCGACCUACAAGUACGAUGUGGGCACCGAUACAUACGACACGAGCGAGAAGAAGAGAUCGCCAGCGUGGUGUGACCGCGUACUACACCGGGGCGGGGGCCGCAUCCGGCAGCUUGACUACCGCAGACACGAGGUCAGAGUGUCGGACCACCGGCCAGUAACGGCCCGGCUCGUCUACACGGUCAAAUCAAUUGAUCAGGUCAGGAGAGCCGACAUUUGGGCGGAUUCAUUGCGCAGGCUGGAGGAUGUACGGCAGCAGGCCUACCACGAUGAAAAGCUGUUUUAUCUCUUAUGGAUGAUUGGAUAUGACGAGGCCACGAGUCGUAACCUAAUCAAAGAGAAGAUGCAGAGGAAGCUUCAUCGAAGUCCGAGUCGGCACCGCGGAGUCUAA